AUGCGGAAUGCUUUUAAUAUCCAACCCGUGCAACCCUUUCAACCCGAAUUGAACCCGACACAACCCACCCGAUCCAAACCCGAUGAGGAUGUCGAAGUUGUUCCCGAGACCCAACCGCAAAAAGGCAAGCAAGUUGUGGGUGAGCAACCGUCCAAACCAAAGGCGAAACCGUGGACGCAACUCGAGGAAGAAGCCUUAGCGAAGGCUUACGUAGGCACGUCCACACACCCGAUAAAAGGUAAUAAUCAAACGAGUGAGGGGUUUUUGAAGGCGGUUUUGGCGAAGUUCCUUGAGCUAAUGGACCAAGGCCCGUAUCGAGAUAUCGACUCGGUGUCAUCUAAGUGGCGAAAAAUGAGCGGCGGCAUGAGCGACAAGGAUGUGUUUAAAAAGGCGUUGGAUCUUUACAAGUCGAACAAUGGUACCACGUUCGCACACGUUCGCGCGUGGGAAAUUACGAGAAUGCACCAAAAAUGGGUGCCGAUUCCGAACGAGGUGGAGAUGGCAAAGCGGCAAAGGACAUCGGAAUCCGGUAGUUAUAGCGCCGGCGGAUCGGACGCGAGAUGUCACAUAAACUUAAACGAUGACGCCCCGAGUUCGACGAAGAAGAAUACGCCGUAA